GUGGGCCGGUUAUGAUGCAGCAAAUGCAAUCACCAUCCCUUGGGUUUCCAUUACACUGUCAAAGAAACAGACUACAGGCAUUAACACCUCCCAUCUAAGCCUGUUGCCGGAGUAUGGUCAGAGAAAGGGAAAAUGGCUAUCCAAAGGGUGGAACACAGAAGACUGGACAUCCAGGAGCUGAAGAAAGGGACACUGAAGACGGCGACUCAAACAGGAAUGGAAAAUCAGUCAAAAUCCCUAGUGACAACUGCUCCUGCUUUCAUCAAGCUUCCCUGUGUUGCCAAGAGGACCUGUGUUCUGCGCUACCAUUGGGGAUAUGGACCAAAUUCAACAAAUCAGACCCCCGCAUUGCCCUAGGAAAAUACUCCCCCUUGGAAAAAGAGAUCUUGCGUCUAGGUGGUGUUCAUACUAUAGCCACGAGAAGGUUUUUGGCUUCCAAACAAGAGGAAGAACGGAAAAUGGUGCAGGAACUGCGGAUGCUGUCUCCAGACUACAAACAGGCCAUGGAAUAUAAGAAACAGUGCUCCCCUCCUUGUGCUGUGUAUGAACCCGUGAAGAAACUGUGGACAGCACGAGUGACUGUGCCUGCCGAGGAGUUCACAAUGCCCCAGAGGGAGAAGAUCAACGUCAGCAGGCACGUAGAGAGGAUGCAGCUGGCCCGAACCCUGGGAAAUGCCCUGGUCUCCUACGCUGAAAGACUCAGAAGCGCCAUGUCUCUGGGUCUGCCAGCAAAGGGCAAGGCGAAGAAAGAUGGGGACAGUCUUGACAGUGAUUAUUGUGAUACUAUCAAGCAGGAGGAGGAAAAGGAGGAAGAGGGCAAAGUCCCAAGAAGACAAGAAAUAAAAAUGAAUGUCAUUUUUAAGUCAGAAGAAGCAAACAAAUGUUUACCAUGCCAAGCAAAGGAUUGCAAACCUUUCCUUCCCAUAAAGACACCGGAACGGUCCAUUGCAGGCCUAACAAACCGAAAUCUCCUUCCCCUAGCUGAGUUCCCUGGAGACCUCAUGCUCAUGAACCAGAAUUUUAUAUCUCGGGGAAUCCACACCAGUGAUAUACUCGGUACCUACCACCUGCAAGAAGGGAAUCCCUGCAAGGAGUGCAUGGGCAAAGCUGCUCCUCCUAAUUAUUAAACUUGAAUUUAUUCCCCAAGGCA